AUGGAGAAACAAGGACAGAAAGGUGGUCGGCUGUUGCUUGUGCCAUGCCCAUUUCAAGGUCACAUAAAUAAAAUGCUUCAGCUAGGUUCUGUUCUUCACUCAAAAGGCUUCUCCAUCACCAAAUUCUUGGCCCAGAUGAUAAGUCACCAGGACCCUUCUCAUCCUCAAUUUUCCUGCAUCAUAUAUGACGAAGUCAUGUAUUUCUGUCCUGCGGUCGCUAAUCAUUUCAAGCUUCCUAGCAUCAUGUUUCGAACUUGUAGUGCCACCACUUUUCUUGUUCGUGCUCUCAUUCCCAACCUGCAUUUACAAGGUUGCCUUCCUUUACCAGACUCUAUUUUGCAGGAUCCAGUGCCUGAACACUAUCCUUUGAGGUUCAAAGAUCUACCCAUUACAAAAUUUGGGUCAGAAGAACAGAACUUGCGACUGAUGGCCAACUUGUUCAAUACAGAAAAAAGCUCAGCAAUAAUAUUUAACACUGUAGAUUGUCUUGAACAGUCAUCACUAGCGAUUAUUCAGCACCAAAAACAGCUUCCAAUCUUCCCAGUUGGCCCUAUGCAUAAACUUGCUCCAAACUCCACCAGCAGCAUACUAGAAGAGGACACCAGCUGCAUAGCAUGGCUCGACAAGCAAGCUCGAAAUUCUGUCACAUACAUAAGCUUGGGGAGCAUAGCAUCCAUGGAUGCUAAGGAGUUAGAAGAGAUGGCCUGGGGACAGGCCAAUAGUAAGCAGCCUUUCGUGUGGGUGAUACGAUCCAGCCAGAAAAUAUCCCCAGAAUGGAUAGAGUCAUUCACUAAGGAUUUCAAAAAUUCAGUUGGAGAAAGAGGCUGCAUUAUGAGAUUGGCACCCCAGAGACAAGUGUUGGCACAUGAUGCAGUAGGAGGGUUUUGGACCCAUUGCGGAUGGAAUUCAACACUGGAAAGUAUAUGUGAAGGGGUUCCAAUGAUAUGCAGACCAUGUUUUGGGGAUCAAAAUGUGACUGCAAGGUAUGUUAGCCAAGUAUGGAGAGUAGGUUGGCAGUACGAGAAUGAGUUGGAGCGAGGUGAAAUAGAGAAAAUUGUUCUGAGACUAAUGGUUGAAGAAGAAGGGAAAGAGAUGAGAAAGAGAGCAAGGGGUUUAAAACAUGUGGUUGAAGCUAGCAUUGACGAUGGUGGUCCUUCAUGCAAUUCCUUGAAUGAGUUGGUAGAGUUUAUUAUGUCCUCUUAG